GCUCCCGCGCCUGAGCCGGCCCCCGCGCCGCCCCACUCCUGGAUCCGGCCGCCUUCCCACCUUGCUCCCCCGGCAGCACCCGCCUCAGGCCGACGGCGCGACGAGGCCGAGCUCAGCCGCGCUCGCCACCCCGACGGCUCUCCCCGCACCAGCCACCUCCGCCCUUGCCUCCAACCACCGCCCCGAGCCCCCGACCACCUCCACCACCGCCCUCUGCCCCGACCACCUCCCUUCCACCCGCCCCCAAAUUCCCCUCCGGCGUGACCUUCCCACCACUCCGCCGCGACCUUCCCUCCCCUCCGACGCGGCCUGCCCUCCGCCCCUGUUUCUUGCACCGUGCUGCCGUCCCCACUCGCAAAUCGAGCCAGUUUACCAACUAGUGCUAUCGGCCUCUGCAGCAAAACCUGAACCAUCUUCUCUUGAAUUCCUCCAGCCUAACACACCCGUGAGAUCGCCUGACUACGACAACGACGUGCAAGGGACCCUCACCAUGGGUGUCGCGGACGAGUACGUGGGCGCCGUCAUCGGCUAUGCCGGGAGGACCAUACGUGAGAUCGAACGGGUUACGGGCGUGCCGAUCAGUAUCUCUAAUGGGGAGCUCAAAGCUGGGACGAGCGAGAGGGAGGUGGUGAUCAGCGGGACACGGGAGGCGGUCGAUGCGGCGGAGGCGAUGAUCGUGCAGCGGGUCUCGGACGCCGCCAAUAGUCGCCGCCGGCAGCAGGGUGGCGGUGGUGGUGACAGGCGGCCUGUCAAGGAAGUGGAGUAGCAGCAUCAGUAGCGGUGAUACAACAGAACAAAGCGGAGCAGAGCAUAGUACUGAAUUACUACUGAUGGUGGUAGUAGGGCAGGAGAUGUCCCAAGUUUUUUGGUCCCUUGCGUGCGUCGCCGGAGCAAUUUAUUAGCAAGAAUUGCUUACUUGGGAGGGGAAGGCAUGGUGCAAUUACUGAUGGCUGCACGGCUAGUUUUGGUUUUGGUCAAUGUUGCUUCCAUGUUUGACUACUAGUGUAUCCGUGCCUUGUGUUUCGGUGAGAGGAUGGAUGGAUGAUUCCUCUGGGUUUGAUUGAUCCAACCCAAGAGGAGAGGAGUUCUGAAAUGGAAGGCCGAAGCAAAGUUGUUUUUUACUUGCACACAAACUUGGAUGAUCUGAUCAGAUCAGAUCAGACUUCCACUGUGGAGCAUGUUGCAACUUUCGUUUAGUUCUGAGACUCUAAUUCUGUCAGUUUAGUCCUUGUAGGAAAAAAUUUGAAGAGUCAAAGAAAAUGGAAAAAGAAUGCAUCAGUAUAGCUACUUAGCAGAAAAUGGUCAAAGAGUAUGUUGCUUCGAUGGUUUUUUGUGUGCUUGUAUUUGAAAAAUUACAUCAAAGAAAAUUCAGCAACUUGUGUACGUAUGUGGAU